UUUAUAACUCCAGCGGAUACCUCAAACACUCGCAGUUUGGGCUCAAGACGUGUGCUGUGGUUUCACUCUGCUGAAUUGUAUCGUACCUGCUUACCAUACUUUUGAGGGCGAUUUUUUUCUUACUAUUUUUCAUUACAAGUUAAUCUUUAUCUUGAAAAUUAUCUGGAAAGAUGCUUCUCUUGUUGCUGGGAAUCGUCCUCUUGCACAUCGCUGCCUUGGUGCUCUUGUUUGUCUCCACUAUUGUUAACACCUGGGCGGAGACGAGUGGGAGCAGUGCAGACCUUUGGCUAAACUGUUCCACCACCAAUGGGGGCUCGCAUUGUGAUCCUGCAAACACGUCAGAAUGGAUUCAGGCGGUCCAGGCCACAAUGAUCCUGUCCGUCGUCUUCAGCGUGAUUUCCUUGUUCCUGUUCUUCUGCCAGCUCUUCACGCUCCAGAAGGGAGGGCGCUUCUUCCUCACUGGAAUCUUUCAGAUACUUGCAAGUCUUUUCGUGAUGAGCGGAGCGACAAUAUACACCGUGAAAAACGCGGAUUGGGUCCCGGAGUCGGCGAGCUAUGGGUACGCUUAUAUCCUGGCUUGGGUCGCCUUCCCUCUCGCUCUGAUCAGCGGAUGCAUCUACGUAAUCUUGAGAAAACGUGAAUGAGCUUUCAUCAAAGGCACCAAGACAUCAGUACUGCAGCGUCCAUAGAAUUGAAACUGAUAAAAAAAGAAAAAUUUGCAAAAAAAAAUACUGUUAAAAUUUGAAGAUGUAUAUAGUAUCUAUGGUUUAAAACCUAUUUAUAACACUUUUUACAUACAUGUACAUAGUAUUGUUUUGCUUUUUUGACCAGGAAUAUCUUCUCAAGCUCUUGUAAAGCUAAUUAAGUACCUGCGGAACACUCAUUUGUAACGAUGGAAUAAUCAUGUUUAUGUCUUUUUUUUUUUUUUUGUUCUGACGCCAAAAAAAAAAUAGAAAUCAGAGUUUUAGUUUGAUUAUGUUAACCAAAGCGCAUGUAUAAAAUAGAAGUCUAGAGAGCUUGUGUUUCAGCUGUGUUCGUUUUAGAGAAAUACAUUUGCUAGAAUAAAUGGAUUAAAAAAAAAUAGCUUGAUACAUUUUAAAUAAUUUUCUGUAGUUUUUUUUUUUUUCAAACAAUGGUGCUAUGUAUUUACCAUUCCUAUUGUUGAUAGCUAUUUAGCCCUCUCAGUAGAGAGUCAAUUAACAUGAUAUAAAAACACUUUACUUUCGUGUAAUGUACCUGUGCCUACCUGCUUUUGUACACAGAGGAUUUUACUAAAGUAUUUCUUUUUUAUUCUUUUAAUAAAAGCAUUUCUAGAA